AUGGUGUCAGUGUCUCUCAUGUGUCUGGGUCUGCUCUCCUUGUGGGUGGUCAGAGGGGAAGUAGCUCCAAAUUUCGACAACUGCAAAGAGUUUUUCUUCAGAGAGAUGCCAGUGUCUGGUCUGAACAUAGCCCUGCCCACUCCAGUUGAGACCAACACACAGAACUUACCUAAUCCUGAGAAAUGUCUCUCUGCUUACAAUGCUGCCUCUCCUGCCUACAUCUGUCAGAUAUACAACAAUCAGUAUUACUUUGCCACUCUGUAUGACAGAGGAAGGAGGAUCCCUUUGUACUCUGCAUAUAAAAUGGAUAUCAAAGGGGAACCUGAAAGGAAUGGGUCCGUAGUUAAUUACGAACCGCAGCUUGUGCAUCCCGAUCUAGCAAAAGAUCAAAGGAAAAUGAAAGAAUGCUGUAUCCAUAUUUACAACAACAUCUUGAUGAAUGACUGCACAGAAAGUGUUCCCCAAUACCAACCGAAAUACAAGCUGAACUGGAGCCAGGCUGUCCAUGACGACUUUGUCAGUUAUGACCGUGGGCACUUGAACCCUGCAGGGCACCAUCGACGAGAUGCCUCCAAAGCCACCAUGACCUUCACCAACGUAGUUCCGCGAAACCCUAAAAUGAACCAAUGGAACCAGUAUGAGCAGAAGCUGAAGAAUGUUUUGAGUAAAGGCUGUAGUAAUAUGUAUGUUGUGACGGGGGUGGUCCCAAGCAAUGAUUGGGUGGAUCAGAACCAACGAGUCAAUGUUCCGAGUCACUACUGGAAUGCCUUCUGCUGCACCGACAACAACAACACACCAAUCAGGUCUGGAGGUGCCUUGUGUCCUAACACAGCUGAGGGUCAAGUUACAGAGUAUAACACUGUUGAAGACCUUCAGAAUAAGCUUAUCAAUGAAAUGAGCUUUGGCAACCAUUUCAAAAUGUUUAACCACUGUCAAAUCAGUUCUGGUGUGAACAAUCAUGUUUCUUUUUUCUCGCUUUUAUGCCUGCCCAUUUUAUUCCCGUUCCCUUUCUUAUGUUGCUGUGCCAAAUGUAAAAAGAAAAAUUGCAAUUGCAUGUAAAUUCUUCAGUAACGCAA